AUACAAGAACGUACAGCGAGCGACGCGUGGGUGGAAUUGAAAAUUAAGUCUCGCUAGGCCCGAGGGAAGGAAGCUAAAAGUCUCGAGAGCAAAACUUCGUCGCGCUCGCAGAAGAGACAGACAGCCAGCAGCAGCAGCAGUACAGCCCUUUCUUCGUUGGCAACGCCAGAGAGACACCAUGGCCGUGCUCAAUCUCGCGUCGACGGUGAGCUCGAUCCCGAUUGCGACGCGGAGUCUGACGGCGGCGCUGCUCUUCUUCACCCUCUUUCUCGCCCUGCUCCGGCUCACCUUGACGCCCAUCGGCCUCCAUGUCAUCAGCUUCAGCAAGGACGACUCUGCCGUCGCCUUUCCCUGGCUCGUCAUUGUCCCCGGCAGCAGCUUCCUCUAUCCCUGGACGCUGAUCACGUCGGCCUUUUGCGAGACGACGCUCAUCGAGUUUCUCAUCUCGGCUGUCUCGCUUCCCCUGGCCGGGCGCUACCUCGAGCGCAUCUGGGGCCCGCUUGAGCUUGUGCGCUUCUCGGCCAUUGUCAUCGUCGGCUCCAACAUCAUUGCCUGGUUCAUCGCCCUUGUCCUCUUUGCCGUCACCCGCGGCGAGGUGGGCAUGUAUGGGACUCAGUACCACGGCCUCGAGGCGCUCCAGACCGGCUUCCUCGUCGCACUUGCCCAGCUGAUUCCCGAGCACCAGAUCCAGCUGCUCAAGGGUGCCGUUCGCAUCCGUGUCCGGGACCUGCCCAUGGCCUACGUGACGUUCUCCAACAUCACCUGCCUGCUCGGCUACCCGAGUCCCUUUAUCCUCAUCCAAUUUGGCUGGCUGCUCUCCUGGGCCUACCUUCGCUUCUUCAAGCCGGGCGAAGGGGGUAUCCGCGGCGACCGCUCCGAAACGUUUAGCUUCGUCUCGUGGUUCCCGCCCUUUUUGCACACGCCCGUCACCAUCAUCUCCAACUUCCUCUAUGGGAUAUUCAUCAAGCUCGGCGUCGUGCAGCCGUGGCACUACAGUGCCCUCGGCGACGUCGAGCUGGGUGUCGGCGCCGGUCUUCCCGGUAUGGCUGUUGGGGUGGGAGGCGCAGGCGCAGGAUCAGGCGGAGCAUCGGGAGGGUCAGGUGGAGGACAAGGAGGUCACGCAGGCGGCCAGGCCACGACGGCGAGGCAGGAGGCUGAGAGAAGACGGGCGAUGGCUCUCAAGGCGCUCGACCAACGGGUCAAGGCCGGCGCAGCAGCCGCUGCUGCAGCCGGCUCAUCGCCAGCCUCGUCCAACUCGGCCGCUGCCCGAGCUGCAGGCGCAGGCACAGGCGCACCACCACGGACACCAGCGGCAGAGACAGCCGCGCCUCCCCACCAGGAGGCUGCGAGCGAGAAGCCAAACGCGAAUGGAACACCUGCUGUGCCCAAAGUCGUCGUCUCGGACUUGACACCCGCAGACAACGACCACAGCGAGGCAGAGUCGAGCGGCGACAUUGGCGUGACGCCGACAAGAUAGUCAAAGAAUAGAGCCUUUCCUUUCCUUUCUUUUCCUUGUACUUUCCACCAUGCAUCUCCUGUGAACCGGAGACUACCCUCAUCCCUUUCCAUAUAAAGCAUCUUUCCACCUCCUGACGACUGCAACCACGUACUACUACCACUACCUCUACCCCUACUGCUACGUGUGGACUAGAAACGAAAUUGAAGGUUGCAAG